GUUGAUAACUGUUAUGCGAGUUAGGUCGCACACAUCAGCAAGCAACAUAUUUUCUGUGAAUGGCGUCUCUUUGAGCGCUUGUUUCCGUGCUCGGUGUCGUUAAGUUGAAAUUAAUAGCUGAUUUUUUGUGAAAAUCGUGAUAAAAGUAUUAUCAUCUGAUUCGGAACUAGACGGUGCAUCGAUUUGCAAAAACUGGUAGAAUGGAAAGUCGUCGAGCAACGAGGGGUGGCGUAUCAGCAACCGGCAGUGCAAGUUCCGGAGUGGUGCCCGGUCCGGCAGAAACAGCCAAACGGGGGCGAAAGUCAACCGCACGUAAUCGAACCCCGUCUCCACCACCUGCCAGAAAAGCAUCCCCCGCUCGAAAGGCAUCACCUUCCAGGGCGGCAAAGCGGACGUCCCCUGCGAGAAAGUCAUCGCCGCCGAAAAAAGCAUCACCUGCGCGAAAGGCUUCUCCAGCACGGAAAGCCUCGCCGGCUCGAAAAGCAUCUCCUUCAAAAGUGGCUUCUCCCUCCAGGAAGGUUGGCCGUCCUUCGAAUGCUACUAAGCAAGACGAGAUUCGACGAGCCGUAAAAGAUACGGUCACCAGUAAGGUAUCGCCAGAUGAGCCCCGACGAUCUGUGCGAAUUCGGAUUUCCGAGCAGCGUGAGAAGAGCCCCGUACUGAAAAAGUCCUUGCGAGAUAAGCAGUUAUCGAUUAUUUUAGACGACGAAGAUGACUUCAAGAAAGAUUCACCGGCGAAGAGCACCACGCCGAACACGAGCCAAAGAUCAAUCGUGACAACAACAGGUCGGAGCCGCAUCAGUGGGUCACGAUCUGUUAGUGUGGCCAAUGAAUCGCAGGAGUUCUCUGACCAAGAGGAGAUCGAGUUUCAGAGUUUCCACAAAGAUGAUAAUGGAUUGAAUCGAGAUAAAUCUUAUGCCAGGAGAAGUACUUCAAAACAGUUGCAUGACCUCCGCGAGUUCGGUGGAACUUGGGGUGCUGUGGCGGUCCUUUUACUGGUUCCAGCUUUCAUCUUCUUAACGAAUCACUUCUGCUCCGGGGUAGCUCAUCGGGACUGUACAUUCAGAAUACCUUCUAACCUGGACGAAUUUAAGGCAGUUUCUACGUACUUCAAUCGUGAAAUUGGAGUCAUAUUUCUCCUCUUCACCUGGGGAAUAGCUAUGGUUACAGCACUCCCCGUCGGCAAGGCUGUCAAAAUAGUCGAUGAAGUACGCGGUCAGCAAAGUUACAUUUUCACCGGAUUAUCCUGCGCCGUAUUUACAGGACUGGCCGUCUUCGUCGCUGAAUACUGCUAUAAGUACCCUUUGAUCUCAACCGUUAGCAAGGGCUACAAUCAGCUGUUGAUGAUUAGUUUGGCAUAUGCCUUCGUAACUGCUGCACUGGCUUUCGUCAAAUCUCGUUACGUACCACAAGUAAACUGGAAUCCAUACGCUAAGUCCGGACGGGUUCUGUCGGACUUCUUCAUCGGACGUGAAAUCAAUCCUCUCACCUUUAACACGUUGAAUCUCAAAUUGAUCCACUAUCAUAUCUCAGUUAUUCUCGCGCUGGUCUUCAAUUCAAUCAUUUUGUACCGCAAUGUCCACUUCCCGGUUUUCCUUGCCGAACAACAGGAACUUCCCCUUUUAGAAAAGCUAGUUUUCACCGUGAAAAACCUCGAAUAUGAACCAACCCCAGUUUUGGCCGCUAGCCUUACCAUCCUUUAUCUUCUGGACCUGCUCACCUAUGAACAUCAUCUGACGCAUUCGUUCGACCUGCAGAGCGAAGGAUUUGGCGCCCUGUUGCUACUGCGGUAUGCCGUGUUCCCGUUCACUUUGACCCUGUUGCCCAAGUACGUGGCCGCCCACAAGUUGACAGACGUCCCGGCGUGGGCGCUAGCAUUGAUUGCUGUCGUAGCGCUUGUCGGCCUCAUCAUCAAGCGAUCCAGCAAUCGGCUCAAGUACCAGUACCGACUUAAUCCACUUGGCGAAAAAUUUAUCGAUUUGGAAACCCUACCCACGUUCCAGGGCCGCCGGUUGCUCGUGGCUAAACUGUGGAGUCGCGUCCGCCAGCCAAACUACGCCGGUGACAUCCUGCAGAACGUAGCCCUGCUCCCGCUGCUCUACUGGCGCUUUGCCUGGCCUCCGCUGUUGGCGGUUUUGUUCACCGUCGCCUUGCUGGUUCAACGUGCUGUCCGCGUCAACGAUCGCAACGCUAAAAAGUACAAUUCCGCAUGGCAGCGGUACUGCUCGAAGGUGCGAUAUAUGUUGGUGCCUAAAGUUUUCUAAGUGAAUAGAGAUACGGACAUCUGGAGACGAUUGAACAGUUUUAUUUUUUUGAUUGUAAAAAGGAGUGUUAUUCAAAUUUACAACAUUUUUGCUAUUUUGUUUUAGAUAGCACACACGUAGAAUAGGCAGAUUAGAUCAGUAAGAGUGAGAGAGUGAUUUGUUUGAAAUGGAAAACAAAAAAGAUAAGACUAGUUUACAAAAAUCAAACGAUUUUAGGGACGGAUCAAUUCUAAAUUUAGUUUCUCACUUGAAUUAUUCGAAUCAUUUGACGUAAAGUUUUACAGUAGAUAUAUAGUUCGGAGCGCAGAAUAAUGGCCAUCGUUUAGGCUACUUAGAAAAAUCUACAUCUUAUCUAUUUGAAAGAUAAAAGUAUUAGUUCUAAGAGAGAAUUUAAAAUAGCAUAAAGGCUACGUUAAAUGAAUGAUUGUGAAUUUCUAACAAUUGAAGGCAAUCUUACAAUUACACAUCUGAAUUCUGUACAAAUCGGACAUAAGUAAUUUGAAAAUCACGAAUAUUUUACACUUUAUUUUUCUGCAAAACCGCAUUUUAAUAUGUAUGAUGCGCGGAUGGUUGGUUUUGAAUUUGCUGUCACGUUUUUGUUCGUUCGCGCAAGAAACAGAUUCGGCUGAUGUUUAUAUUUUGUAUGUACUAGAAAAAUUUAGAAUUUAACUUUAAUAAAGUGUAUUUCUUAAUUAAGUGCGCGAACUCGUUUGUGUAUACGGGGAUGUGUGAAGUAAAUUGUUCGUGGAAGUGAUUGGAUCAAUUUGGUGAGAUUGUUUCAAUAUGUUUUUAUAUGAUUCCAAAAUUAAAUGCGCGCUGGAUUAAAAAAAAUCCGGAAGUUUGUUUAUGGAUCCAUUUAUCCAAUUGAUAAUGGUAGCAUAAACAGGCGGGGCUUAUUGCUAGUGAAAGUGACCUCGGACUGGACGUGAGUUACCAGGCAGUCUGAAAUGGGUCACUGGAGCUGCAGUAGAGCUAGCACCUUCUAACUCCCGGGCUAAAGCUGACUUUAUUAAAGACAGCUUUCUUCCAUAAUACCACUGCCAGACAGUGGGGGUUAGAUUGAAGAUACAUACAUACAUACACAAACCGCAUUUUAAUAUGUAUUUUUUACAAACUAUUUUUAAACAUUAUAUAUUCAUGUACUAUUUGAUUUACUGAGUGUUUACAUAACAAAACAGAUCACACUUAAAAUAUACAAAGCAAAAGUGAGUUCGACAGCCAUUAAUGGAACGGACCGAACAAUUCAAAAUGCAACAGAUUUAUGCCUGUUAUCCAUAACAUGCUCACUGUGUACAGAUAGCUAUAUCAAUGUAUUUUUCACUGUAUUUUUUUACUUUGCUUUGAAAUAAAGACGAAAAUCGUUUAAAUUAGUACUGAUAAUAAGAUGAUGCUCUUCUAGUUAAGUUCUUGCUAAUAGGAUCCCGUUAAGCUCACUUUUUUUAGAAAUAAAGAUUUUAGAACACGGAAA